GGCAUGUCAACAUAACAGCCUGACUCUUGACUUCUUUUGUGUGAGAGCUGCGAACGCAUUAAACCUCGGAAAGAGUUUAAUGAUUUAUUUUCAAAUGAUUGUUUUCAGUUUAAAAUGUAACUGCUUAUAACUUGUAUUGUCAGACGAGAACAAGGUGAAGACAGAUCGACAAUCAUGAGAACCAUACCAAAAUGGGUCGAUAAGAUACAAGACAGUGACAAGAAUGGGCAGAGUAUAUACGACUUGUGCUUCAACCCAGAUGGCACCCAACUAAUUGUCGCAAGUGGCAACCACGUUCUGAUCUACGACACGACUGAAGGCUCCCUUAUCCAGCUCUUGAAGGGCCACAAAGAUCAGGUCCAUACAGUUUCUUAUGCGAAAAAUGGGGAAAAAUUUGCCAGUGGAAGUGCAGACAAAACAAUCAUUAUCUGGUCGAAUAAGUUCGAAGGGCUGCUGAAGUACAGCCACAAUGAUUCCGUACAGUGUGUCGCCUUUAAUCCAUUGUCGCAUCAGUUGGCAAGUUGCGCACUGAGCGAUUUUGCCUUUUGGAGCUCAGAUCAGAAAGCCGUUCAGAAACACAAGGUCAACGUGAGAAUUAACUCCUGUUCUUGGACGAACGACGGGCAGUAUUUGGCUUUGGCUUUGAACAAUGGCGUUAUUUCGAUUCGGAACAAAUUAGGCGAAGAAAAAAGCAAAAUCGAACGACCUGGAGCGGCGUCCAUUUGGGCCAUAUCGUGGAGCACAUUUAAAGGGGAUCAGACUGAUAUCUUGUGUGUCACCGACUGGAAUAAGGUUUUAUGCUUUUAUACCUUGGGCGGGAAACUUGUAGGCAAAGAACGAAGCAUAGGGUAUAACGCCCUGCGAGUUCGGUACUUUCCUAAAGGAGACUACAUAUUGAUAAGCGGCUUAAACAAAUGUUGCAAGUUGUAUACGAGGGAAGGUAUUAAACUGGGGAUGAUCGGAGACCAGCAGAACUCCUGGAUUUGGUGCUGUGAAGCAGAUCCAACCGGCAAUUUUGUGGCUCUUGGCUGUGAAGAUGGAACAAUCGCCUUUUAUCAGCUCGCAUUUAACAUGGUCCAUGGCCUCUACAAAGAACGGUAUGCGUAUAGGGAAAAUAUGACCGAUAUUAUCAUCCAGCAUUUGAUUACUGAGCAAAAAGUCAGAAUCAAAUGUCGAGAUAUCAUUAAGAAAAUUGCCAUUUACACCGACAGGCUUGCAGUCCAGUUACCAGAGCGACUAGUGAUCUACGAGUUGUAUUCCAAAGACAGUAACGACAUGCAUUACAGAGCCAAAGAGAAAAUUGCCCAAAAACUAGACUGCAGCUUGCUGGUGAUUUGCAGCAAUCACCUCAUAAUAUGCCAAGAAAAAACGUUGCAAAGCAUGUACUUUUCUGGCGAACAGGAAAAGGAGUGGAUUUUCAACAGCCCAAUCAGGUAUAUCAAAAAUGUGGGCGGCCCACCUGGAAAAGAGGGCCUGCUUCUCGGGCUGAAAAACGGACAAGUUUGGGAAGUGCAUCUGGACAACAUUCACCCACUACUCAAAGUGUCAGUUGCGGAGGGCGUGAGAUGUUUGGACCUGAGCCAGAAAAAGGAGAAACUAGCUGUAGUCGAUGAAAGCGGCUUGUUGCAAAUCUUCAAGUAUCGAAAUGGCGAACUCUGCUACCAGGAGACCAACGCAAACAGUGUGGCUUUCAACACCUUCUACGAAGAAAUGGUGGCGUUUAGUGGUUCCAAUACUUUGGCAAUAAAGGUGAUGGAUUUUCCAGCUCAUGUGCAAAAACUGAGCGGGUUUGUUGUUGGAGUUUGCGGCUCCAAAGCUUUUUGCCUCAACGACUUCACCAUGAACACUUUGGAGCUGCCUCUCAGUUCCCCCAUGUAUCAGUUCAUAGAAAAGCACAUGUACCAUGAUGCCUACAAAAUUGCCUGUCUAGGAGUAACUGAUGGGGACUGGGAAGAGCUGGCCCAUUCAGCUCUAGAGCAUCUGGAAUUUAAUGUUGCGCGACUAUCCUUCGUAAAGCUGCAAGACUUCAACUAUCUGGAAUUGAUCGAGGAUGUUCAGGAGCAACAACAGAAAGGAGAUUAUAACCGAGACGUAAUUAUGGGGGAUAUUUUAGCAAUGAAGGGCAAACUGAAGGAAGCGGCGCGACUCUAUCAAAAAUCUGGUAACGAGAGCAAAGCUCUUACCAUGUACACGGACCUGCGAAUGUUCGAUGAAGCUCAAGAAUUUCUUGGAGCUAAAGACAAUAACGAGCUGAUACGCCAAAAAGCUGACUGGGCACGGAACAUUAACGAGCACAAGGCAGCUGCCGAUAUGUACAUUUCAAUUGGGGACAUUAAAACCGCUGUGGAAAUAUAUGCGGAACAAAGCUGGAGUGAUCUUUUAGUCGACCUAAGUCGGCGUUUAGAUAAAUCGGACAAGUCCGCACUUAGUGUUAUAGCUCAGCAUUUAAAAACCUUGGGACAACCAGCUUCAGCUGCUGAAAUCUACCGCCGCUUAGACGAUUCAGCUGCUGUACUCCAUCUACAUGUUGAGGCAAAUGAAUGGGCGCAAGCCUUUGCAAUAGUGGAGAAUCAGCCGCAAUUAAACGCAAUUGUCUACGUGCCUUAUGCUCAGUGGCUAGCUGAAAAUGACCGUUUUGUCCAGGCUCAGAAAGCCUUUCACAAAGCGGGAAAAUCUGACGAGGCUUUUAAAGUAUUCCAACAGCUUACGGCCAAUAGUGUAUCAGAGAGUCGUUUUGAUGAUGCAGGAUUCUAUUACUGGAUCAUUUCCAGGCAGUAUUUGGAUUUGUCCAGGGAAUUUGGAAAUAAACAAGACUGGUAUCUUGAAAAGUUUCGCGAAAACGAGAAACUAGCCCAGAUAUAUUACGCCUAUAAUACCGUUCACAAGUACUUAGAAGAACCAUUUACUUCAUACAUGCCGGAAGCCCUUUUCAAUAUAGCGAGGUUUUUAUUGGCACAGACAAAUCAAGAAAAAACACAAGGCAUCUCCAUGUUUGCUAUUUACUUCACUUUAGCGAAGCAAGCUCGAAAACUCGGAGCAAACAAGCUGGCGAAACAAAUGUUUGACAAGUUGAUUAAUCUACAGAUACCAAAGAAAUUUGAGGAGCAAGUGGAAAUUGCCACCAUUGCUUCUAGGGCAAGACCCUACAAUGAUCCAGAGGAGCUCCUGCCAAUGUGUUACCGAUGCUCUACAUAUAACCCACUGACAUCUUGUGCAAAUUCCUGUGUUAACUGCGGGCAACCAUUUGUAUAUUCUUUCGUAAGUUUUGAAACUUUGCCUCUGAUAGAGUUCAACAUUGAGGAAGGUAUUACGGAUGAAGAAGCCUUGAGGUAUAUAGAAGCUCCCGUUCAAACAAACAACGAAGGCUUUAAGGAAAGUAUUAAUGACGAUCAACAGACCUUAGAGUUAAUGGAUUCCGUGGAAGGUAACGAAUCGGACCAAUUCCUCUAUAGAGGCAAUGCUGAUAACGAAGACAAAAAGUACCAGCCAAUAGUAUUAGGUAGAAAGCAGCUGCUGGCACUGGAAAUGGACAGCGUUUUAGUCUGCAAAUGGGACCCCCCAUUAAAAUACCAAUUCUUCAGAAACAUCCUACCAGAGCUGCAUGUUACUUUGUGUAAUUCGUGUUUUAAAGCUUUUCAUGUAGAUGAUUUUGAACUGCAGUUACUCCAACAGGGGCACUGUCCGUUCUGUAGAGUAUCUCCAAAUAGUUCAGCGGUAGAUAGCAGUUUUACAGACGACCUUUUAGCAUAAAUUACCAAUUGUUGAAUAAUAAAAACGUUACUAAAACUUA